AAAUAUAUUUGCAGAUAGAUGGGCCAUCUCUUGAAUAUGUGAUAUGGAUACGGAAAUGUUAGGGUCUGAUGAGAGAAGAAUUACAAAUUAUUCGUAUCUUAGUGCAUUGUAUAGGCAAAUGAAGGGUGAAUUGAUCUGAGUGGACUAGGCAGGAGGAUACAAGGAUACAAAAACUGUCAUGUACUGUAAAUGAGCAAAAAAGAGACCACUGAUUUUUGGAGUGAAAUCUGGCUUGAGUGAUGUCGAACAAGAAACAUUUCAACUUGGACCAGCUGGUGAUUGCUAUCAUCUUGUCCUCCUCCAAGACCAAGCAGGCCAUAGACCAGCUGAUCAUGGAGGUGUGCAAGCUGUCAGUCAGCAAGAAGUAUCUACCAGUGGAGGAAUUGUGCCUUCAGUACCCCUGGGCAUGCCAUGUACUGCAAGAAAUACUGCAUUUACAUAACUUCCUGCAGAACACCAUCAAUAAUUGCUUGCUCAACUUGAAGAGAUAUUAUGAUGAUCAGUGGAGUACUGACAGAUUCAAAGAGUUUCAAAGCAUUUAUGGUAGUCAUAUUGGGUACAUGGUACCAAGUGAUUUCAGUAAUACCAUGGCAGGGUUAGCCGAGGGUUAUGCUGAAGUAAUGGAGAACAUUCACUAUGGACAUGACAUUGGGAUGAAAGAUGCAGAGAAAAAGCAGAACAACCAUGUUGCAGUUGUUCAUGGUAUAGAUGUAAAACUGCUGCAAGAGGUUAAUGGCUUGGGAACUAAUCUCUUUAAAAUCAUGACCUCUUUAAAGGAGGAAAACUGGGAUAUGUUAAGCAAAACAUGUGCAUAUGAUCCUGAUAAGCCAUACAUUUUAGAAUUUGAAAUGCCUGCAGUUAUUUGGCCAAUAGCUGUGAAGUAUGACCUGGACCUGCUUCAGAAGAUAUUAAGGAAUAAAAGAAAAAGAGGAAAGCAGUCAGAACCCAGGAUCUUGAGGCUCCAAUCUACUGCACCCCUUCAGUCACUUGUCACACAUGAUGUACUGCAUCCUCCUCUUGACCCAUCACCCUCAGUCAAGCCCUUGAUAGAAGACUGGCCUUCAGACCUGAGCCCACUCCCAGCCCGUUCAUGCUUACAGACCCAAGCUUCAGCACAGAUCCUUCCUUCAUCCCCAGCAUAUCCCUUCCCAGAUUUUUCACCUCUUCAGUCAUAUGUGUCUUCCUCCCAACCCCAUUCAUUUAUACAAUCCUUACAUCCUCCUUCAGUUCCUUCUCUAUUUUCAUCCCAGCUUCUCUUACAAGCCACCAUACUACCUCCCUCAGCCCUCCCUUCUGUCACAGAAGAAGUCAUCGUACCACUUCCUUCAGUUCUCCUUCCAGUCUGUAAUAAUACUCUCCAGCAAUCCAUGCACCAGGUUCUGUAUCCUGGCCAGUCCUUCCCACAAGCCCUUCCUGCUUCAGAUAUGUCUUCAUUCCCUGUGCAGUCCUUCCCACAAGUUUUGUUACCUCCAGAUAUGCUUCCAGCCCAUGCCCACCCUUUCCCACAAACCCUCCCUUAUCCACACACAUUCCUAUGGCCUUCCCAGUCCUCAGAAAUCCAUUCUCCACAGAAAAUGUGCCCAUACCAUACCCAUUCCUUCCCACACAUCCCUCCUGCUCCAGACAUGCCUCCAUUUCAUAUCUAUUCCUUCCCACACACUCUUCCUUCUCCAAACAUGUGCCCACUCCAUAUCCAUUCCUUCCCACACCCAUCUGCUUCAGAUGUGUGCCCACUUCAUACCCAUUCCUUCCCACACACCCCUCAUGCUCCAGACAUGCCUCCAUUUCAUACCCAUUACUUCCCACACACCCCUCCUGCUUCAGACAUGCCUCCAUUCCAUACCUAUUCCUUCCCUCACACCCUUCCUCCUCUAGGCAUGUCCCCAUUCCCUGACAAGUAUACUCCACAGGCUUUACCUCCUUCCUUGUACAUGUCUCCUUUCUCUACCAGAUCCUUCCCACAAACCUUGCCUCAUCUCCCAGCUUUGUCCUCACUUUCAGCUCAGCCUUUCCAACAAGACCAUCUUCUUUCCACAGCUCAACAUUCCCACAAUGUCUUAUCUCUUAGCCCUGGACCACCUUCACCCCUAAUCCAAUCUUUCAUGCCUCCUGAGUCUUUCCAACAAGCCUCACCUCCUUCCUCAAGUUUGCCUUUACCCCAAGCUCAGUUUUUCCACAGUACUGUACCUUCAAACCCAGAACUACCUUCUUCCCCAGUCCUACCUUUAAUGUCACAUAUGAUUGAGUGUCCCCAAGGGGUUUACCUUUCUGCUCCAGCCCAUCCUCACCCUUUACCUGCUAGAAAGAAAAAAAAACGAAGUGUGUUUUCAAGAAAGAAGCAGAAAAAGAAUGCAGUAACACAUAAGAUUUCUUCCCCACAAAAGGAAUUUAACUCUGAAAUCAGUUUUGCAGAGGACAUCUAUAUACCAUUUGUUACCAAAAGCCAAAUUCUGGCAAGUACUCGACAUUUGCCUGAUAGAGGGCAGGUUUGUAAAAAUGUACCUAUGCUUGAAUGUAGUGAUAAUUCAGUCACUAGUGAAAGGUCUUCCAAACUACAUCUGAGUGCAAAAGUCUCUACAAAAGAGCAAGCUGAAAAGAAUUGUGAGGAAAAAAUUAAAUCCAGAAGGGAGUCUCAAAAUGAUCAUGUCCAAGGACCUUGGAGCCCCAGGAAGCAGCACACACACAAUCCUCAAGAGAAUAUGAACACCAUCCAAUGCUUCAAUGAGGAUAUUGAUGAAAAUCUUGACGACUGUAUUCCAGAGGAUGAUGUUGUGCCAAUUUAUGCUCUUCCAAUGGUAGAGCUUCCUCUGCCUUACAUAAUGCCCAAGGAACAUGUGGAGGAGGCUGUGCUGUUACAUGUGCAGAAUCCAGGUCAUUUUUACUUGGUUCUUGGCAGGCAAGGGACUUUGAUGGUUGAAAGGUUGUCAGAGGAUCUUCAAGAUAGAUACAAAGAUGACAAUGAACCUCUCAAGGUUUGGGAACUUCCGCUGGGAUCAUGCUGGGCUGCCCGAUGGAUAGAUGGUUGUUGGUACAGAGUCAAAGUUAUUGCCAACAUUGCUCCAUUAAAGGGGGAGAGAGGAGGAUGGCGAGUGAGGGUGCUGCUGGUGGACUCUGGAGAAGAGGGAGUGAUUCCCACACAAAAUAUCCGUGUUCUACAUGAUCCCUUUGCCCUCUUGCCUUGCUAUGCCCUGCCAUGCCACCUGGCUGAGAUUUACCCUGUGUGUGGCUGGGAGAAUGAACCCUGGCCUGCUAGUACUACCCAGGCUUUUGUAGACAUGUGCCUGGGCUCUGUGCCUCCGCUUAAGGCAUAUGUUUUGUCAAAAUGCCCGAAUGGUACGUAUGGUGUCAUCUUGGAGCGCAGAGAUGGUGAGGUAGUGAACCUCAGGAUGGUGCAUGAUGGCCUGGCUGUCUCAAAACUCCUGAAAGAGGUACUUUCUCAAAUGGAAGGAGGCAGCACUUUUCCCUCUCAGCUACCAGGUGUUCUGGAGAAACAAGACACAGGAACUGAGCUCCCUAAUGAUUGGAACCCCAUGUCUGAGGCUUUCAAGAGCAGUAGCAACACAAUUUAUCUCAAUGAUGAGUGUGUGGAGACCAUGUUGUUGGGGCGGAGGAACACAGACGGGAAGCGCCAGUGCAAGUACCACCGUGCUGGCCGUCAGUGCCCAAGAGGAGAGACCUGUCCCUGGGAACAUACGCCAGUCAGAGAUGAUAUUACUGUUGAGAAGGAGAUGGCAUUGGCUGAGAGUUUUCUUCCAAGUGCUUUGCCCACACAAGGCUCCCUCUUGGCUGCUAGAGUGACAUCAAUUGCCUCUCCUUCUUGUUUCUACAUUCAUCUUCCUUUUGGGACAAAGAACCUGACAGCUUUGGGUCAUGAAGGUUCAGACAAUGAAACUGAGUUGGAAGUGUUAGUGUCAGCCAUGCAGAAGUACUAUAGUCAGAGAGGCCAUCCUUGGCUGAAAAGCCUUAGCCUGCCUGCACCAGGAGAACUUAUGGUACUGUUAGAAUCUGGAUCAGACGGGCUAGACUGCUCUCGAGUACUUGUCUUGGAAGUGAAUGACUGCAAGGAAGAUGCAUGUCAGGCCAAGGUGUUCUUCAUUGACUUUGGGUAUGAAGAAUGGGUGAAACAGGAAAUACUUCGCCCCUUGGCUCCUCAGUUUGCCCAUGUGACACCACACGCUGUAGAAUGCUGGCUGAGUGGGGUGAAUUCACCAGCUGAGGGGUGGAGUGCUGAGGCUACAGAAAUACUCAAGGAAAUGACAGAGGAGCACACACUGGUGGCACACAUCCUGCAGGUGGACAGUGAUUUCCAAAGAGUGGGUGUGGUGCUUAUAGACACAGAAAAAAAACAGAAGACCAGCAUUAAUGAGGCCUUUAUCUCAAGUGUGCAUAAAGAAGAAAAACAAUAACUUCCCUGCAUAGAAGCCUCACCCUGUGCUUACCAACCCCUGCUGGACAAAGAGAGUAUGCAGCCAGUCACCUUCAUGCUUACUUGCUGGAGUGCUACCAGGCAUUUCCCUCACUAGGGGAACUAUGCAGUGGUAUCACCUGCCAUCUCCCUCACUAGGGGAACUAUGCAGUGGUGUCACCUGCCAUCUCCCUUGGUGGGGAACUAUGCAGUGGUGUCACCUGCCAUCUUCCUCACUAGGGGAACUAUGCAGUGGUGUCAUCUGCCAUCUCCCUUGCUGGGGAACUAUGCAGUGGUGUCAUCUGCCAUCUCCCUUGCUGGGGAACUAUGCAGUGGUGUCAUCUGCCAUCUCCCUUGCUGGGGAACUAUGCAGUGGUGCUGCCUGCCAUCUCCCUUGCUGGGGAACUAUGCAGUGGUGUCAUCUGCCAUCUCCCUUGCUGGGGAACUAUGCAGUGGUGUCAUCUGCCAUCUCCCUUGCUGGGGAACUAUGCAGUGGUGCUGCCUGCCAUCUCCCUUGGUAGGGAAUUAAGCAUUUGUGAUGCUUGCUUCCUAGAGUGGUGCCUGCUAUUUCCCUCACUAUCCACCACUAUCCUCUUCCAAUCAAGAGGGCAGAUAAGCUUCCUGGAUGUCCCUUUCCCAGCUAGGGUAGUCUAGGGCCCUCCUCUCUUGGUAAUUACCAAGAGUGAAGAGGAACAGGAUUAGUCAUAUUUCCUCAGCCAGGUAGAAGCAUUAGAGCUUCUCAUUGAAGAGUUUGGCUUUUUAUGUUAUUUUUUUUUUUAAUGCAGUAAGUGUCAGAAAUUUAUUAUCAACUUUACUUCUCAUCUCUUUGAGUACUCUAAUUCUGAUUUGAUUUAGUUGGUUUUCGUGUUUGUUUUCUCUUAUUUUUUCAGUUGCUUAAUUAUUUAUUGUUUUUAUUCUUAAAAUAUGUGAUCAAUUAUAUUGCUACAGUAUAAGCAGAGUCUUGACACCUACUGUGUGUAUAGAUUCUUUUUACCUAUUCAUUUUCUUUAUAAAUCCUAAAUUAUCCUAAAUUUGGAAAAUGUGGUGAUAGUUCAAAAUAAGAUGAACUCAAAUUAUGUAUUCUCUUUUGUGUUGCAAUUUAUUAGGCAGAGAUCCUGCCUUAAAGGUGGUACCCCAUGAGGUUCCUCCAGUGGUAGGAGGAAGAGCCUGGCCACACACUUGUUAGUCAGUUUAAUAGAACAGACCAAGGGAAUCAGAACCACCCUCAUCUGUAGUGUUUUCCUCACAAAGAGGUCAUGAUGUUAUGUCUGGGCCAUCUAGUGUUGCACAUAGCAGCUGUAAUUGCUGACAAGUAUUAAAGCCAAUUAACCUCACUCAGCAAAUGUAUUACUUUAAGAAAGUCAGGUAUACACCUUGUUUUUUAUUUAUUUAUUUAUUUAUUCAUGUGUUAUUUGUUUCUUAUAUAUUUAUUUUAUUUUUUUUUAAUGGCCAAAGAAUUUCCAAAGGCAUUGAAGAUACUGUGGUAAAGGAAACACAAAAGGCAUUGUGUUUGUGAUGUCUUGCAAAGAAUAGAUACAUUUUAGUUCUUUACUUAUAUAUGUUUCCCUAUAUGGUAUAAGCAACAUUGGGUAUUAUGUAUCAUCAGAAUUAAUGUUGUGCACUUUUUUGUAUGUAUUUAAUGAUACAGGAGUACAAGACUUCAUGAGAGAUUGGUAUUUGUGUCCAGGUUUACAAUCAUGAAUUAUGGAUGAAAAGUUUCAAUUCUAUAAUUUGCUAUGUAAUAUUAAGAUCAGUUCAUAUAUAGAUUUUUUCCUGCUGCAUGCAUGCAUUGGACAUGUAACCUAAGCAGAUGAAGAAAAAUUAAAGCCUGAGUGCUGUGGAAAAAUGCUGUCAGUUUACUUUUGUUUCUUCAAAGUGGAGUCCUGGAUGAAUAAACCAUGCAGACAAAUA